CUGCAGAACCUUCAAUUUACUAUAGAAUUCUACGCAAGGCAAAGAAGAAAGAAGAAGAUGCAUUCUGUGAAGGAGAAAGUAAGCAACGCAGCUGCCGCUGGCAAAGAGCAUGUCGAUAUUUUCAAAGCCAAAGCUGAAGAAAAGGCGGAGAAAGCAGCAGCAAGGACAAAGGAAGAGAAAACGAUAGCAGAAGAGAGAAGGAAAGCAAAAGAAGCAGAAGCUAAAAUGGAGCUGCAUCAAGCUAAAGCUCGCCAUGCGGCGGAGAAGUUGCAAGCGAAGCAAGCUCAUCAUCUUGGAAUUGGAGGGCACCACCAUAUUCCUCCUACGGUUGGAGGUCAAGGACACCAUGAUCCAGUGGGUACUACCAUUCCAACUACUG